AUGUUACCUGUCCUCUGGAGCUCGACCCACCAGCCCUGUCCAUUCUCCCACAUCCACAUCCAACCCCACCCUGGCCCCAGCCUUGCCCUUCCCAUUCCCCACAUCCACCCCCCACCCUGGCCCCAGCCCUACCCUGCCUAUUCCCCCACAUCCACCCACUACCCUGACCCCAGCCCUACCCUGCCUAAUUCCCCCAUAUCCACCCUGGCCCCUGCCCUGCCCCCACCAUGGCCCCAGCCCUACCCUGCCUAUUCCCCCAUAUUCACCCUGGCCCCUGCCCUGCCCUCACCCUGGCCCCAGCCUCACCCUGCCUAUUCCCCCAUAUCCACCCUGGCCCCUGCCCUGCCCCAACCCUGGCCCCAGCCUCACCCUGCCUCUUCCCCCAUAUCCACCCUGGCCCCUACCCUGCCUAUUCCCCCAUAUCCACCCUGGCCCCAGCCUCACCCUGCCUAUUCCCCCAUAUCCACCCUGGCCCCUGCCCUGCCCCCACCCUGGCCCCAGCCUCACCCUGCCUAUUCCCCCAUAUCCACCCUGGACCCUGCCCUGCCCCCACCCUGGCCCCAGCCUCACCCUGCCUAUUCCCCCAUAUCCACCCUGGCCCCUGCCCUGCCCUGGCCCCUGCCCUGCCCAUUCCCCCACAUCCAACCCAAUGCCUGGAGCUGA